AUGUUGAACGCUGUUCGUCUAUUUCGUGCUGCCAUUCCAGAAAAUAUUGUGGUCGCGCGUAACCUUGCUACUGCCUCGGCCACUGCGCAUUUACAUCCAUUUAAAUUGUACAAACUCGACGAUGGUCCCCCUUCAACCGCCACUUGUACCAGAGAGGAAGCUCUCCACUUUUAUGAAACUAUGCAACGUAUUCGACGUAUGGAGACUACUCUUAGUACUCUGUACAAGGAAAAGAAGGUCCGUGGCUUCUGUCAUCUGUACUCUGGUCAGGAAGCCGUCGCAGUUGGUGUCGAGGCUGCUCUCAGUCCCGGCGACGCCAUUAUAACGGCAUACCGUUGUCAUGGUUUUCUCAUUACGCGGGGCGAAUCCGUUGCUAGCGUUAUUGGCGAACUCAUGGGUAAGAGCAACGGCAACGUUGCUGGGAAGGGUGGUAGCAUGCACAUGUAUUGUCACGAAUUCUACGGCGGUAAUGGUAUUGUCGGUGCACAGGUUCCUCUUGGCGCUGGCAUCGCCUUGCACAAGAAACGCAAUGGUACAAAUAACGUCUGCGUGACAAUGUAUGGUGACGGCGCCUCAAAUCAGGGUCAGGUUUUUGAGACUUUCAACAUGGCAAAAUUGUGGAACCUGCCAUGCAUUUUCAUCUGCGAAAAUAAUAAGUACGGUAUGGGUACUUCAAUUAGCAGAUCCUCUUCCAACACUGCUUAUUACACUCGCGGAGAUGUUAUUCCCGGUAUCUGGGCCGAUGGUAUGGAUGUGUUGACCGUCCGUGAGGCGAUGCGCUACGCGACAGACUGGUGUCGUUCUGGAAAGGGACCAAUAAUCGUUGAAAUGGAAACCUAUCGUUAUUUCGGUCACAGUAUGUCUGAUCCUGGUACCAGCUACCGUACCCGCGACGAAAUCCAAACUGUUCGACGUGAACGCGACCCAAUUAUCCUCUUCGGUCGCUUUAUGACCUCUAGUGGUCUGGCUACCGAUGAUGAGAUCAAGGCCAUUGACAAGAAAAUUCGUCAGGAGGUGGAAAAUGAUGUGGCAACAUGUGAAAAUUCCCCACCUCCACCAAUCGAUAGCGCAUACACUGGUGUGUAUCGCAGCUACCCUUCCAAUUUUGGCAUUCGUGGAACUGACAUUACACAGUGGAUCGUACCAAAAUGCUAG